GUGAACGUGAGUAAAAAGAAAGGAGAUGGGGAUAUACUGAAGGAUCUUAUGAAAACUACAGGCACCGCCAAGGUCAGGGAGGCCCUUGGAGAGUACCUGAAGGCACUUAAGACGGAAUUUACAACAGGAAUGAUUUUACCAACAAAAGCUAUAGCAACCCAGGAGCUGACUGUUGAGAGGAAAGUGACUGGAAACCCUUUGCAGGUGCAGGCUUCUCCAGUGGCACUGGGUGUAAGGAUUCCCACUGUAGCUUUGCACUUGACGGAGCUGUUUGACACGACAGUAGAACAGCUGUACAGUAUCUUCACUGUGAAAGAUUUGGUGCAAAAAUUUUCCAAAUCUCCUGCUGUAUUAGAAGCUGAAAAGGGAGGGAAAUUCCAAAUGUUUGAUGGGAACAUCACUGGAGAAUAUGUGGAACUGUUAACGAAUAGGAAGAUCAUCAUGAAGUGGAGAUGCAGAAACUGGCCAGAAGAACACUAUGCAACAGUUGCAUUGAAUUUUGUGCCUGCUCCAGGGCAAACGGAAUUACAAUUGGACUGUAAAGGAGUUCCUGUCUGUAAAGAAGAGAAUACAAAAUUCUGUUGGCAGAAGCAGCACUUUGAAGAAAUAAAAGGUCUACUUCAGCUCACCACCCAGAAUGCUUGAACUAGUUAGGUUUUAUAAGGACAUCCUUUUUGUAAGCUGAAACCUGUCCUAUUGCCUCUUCUUUCUUCCUCAAAAAGUCCCCUCCCCCGCAAGGUCCCUAAUUUAUUUUAUACUGGAUGAAAUUCAUGAAACGACAAAAUUUAAAAGCAUUGCUUGAAGCAUUCUAGACACUGCACUUCAUAAAAUCAGGUGUUAUCUCACCUUCCAUGGGUGUUCCUCUCUGGAAAGUAGGUGAAGUCCAGUUCCCUGAGCUAAGGCUGGUCACAACACGCUACUUCAUUGCUAGUUGAUUUAAGCUGAAGACAAAUAAAUGGCAUGUUACACUAUUCUUUUAUUUUA